CCUUUAGUGGAUCCCAAAAGUGAUGAAAUACUUGUGAAGAAUCUCUUUGUGGGCAUCAAUGCCACGGAUCUGAACAUCACUGCCGGACGCUAUUUCAAACACUCGGACCCGCCCUAUCCCCUGGGCUUUGAAGCUCUGGGACAAGUUGUUAAGACUGGAAGCGCUAUCAAGGACUACAGUGUCGGUCAGUACCUGGUUAUCAAAUGUGGUAGUGGUCAAAUUAGGGGAUAUUCAGAGUAUUUGUAUGUGACCUCUGCUGACGGCCUGACAGUCAUCCCAAAGCCAGACCCGGAAUACUUAGCCCUCUUCGGCACCAGUGGUUUGACGGCAUCCAUAGGUCUGUCCGAAGGCUCGCGUUUGGCUUCAGGAGAAAAAGUGUUGAUAACAGCGGCGGCGGGAGGUGUCGGACAUAUCGCCGCCCAAUGGGCUCUACUGAAGGGCUGUCACGUAAUCGCCACCACAUCUAACGACAAGAAACAGGAG